AUGAAGACAGAGCUGAGUAGGAAUUACUCAGCGGUGACUGAGUUUAUUCUGCUGGGGUUCAGGACCCCUCCAAAGGUACAGAUCCUCUUAUUCCUGGUGUUCUUGCUGCUCUACGUGGCCACUGUGGUGGGAAAUAUCAGCAUGAUAACUGUCACUAAGAUGGACUCCAGACUUCAAAUGCCUAUGUAUUUCUUCCUUAGAAAUUUGUCCUAUUUAGAUCUCUGCUACUCCACAGUCAUUGCUCCCAAAACUUUAGCCAACUUCUUGUCUAACGAAAAGAAAAUUUCUUACAGUGGCUGUGCUGCUCAAUUUUUCUUCUUUUCCAUGUUUGUCACAACUGAAGGUUUUCUACUGGCUGUCAUGGCAUUUGAUCGAUUUUCGGCCAUUUGCUCCCCUCUCCUUUACCCUGUGCACAUGUCCCAGAAAGUCUGUGUUCGAUUGGUAACUGGGUCCUAUAUCUGUGGGUGCAUCAACUCCAUGAUACAAACAAGUUUCACCUUCAGUUUGCGUUUCUGUGGAGAAAAUAGAUUGGACCACUUUUUCUGUGAUGUCCCAGCCCUGAUCAAGAUCUCAUGUGCUGACACCUUUGUGAAUGAGAUCGUAAUGUUUAUUCUCUCUGCUCUCAUCAUCAUCACCACCACAACUGUCAUUCUUGCUUCUUAUGCUUCUAUCCUCUCCACUGUCCUGAAGAUCCCCUCCACCCAUGGCAGGAGUAAGACCUUCUCCACUUGUGGCUCCCAUAUAGCUGUGGUGAGUUUAUUCUAUGGGACUGUGUUCUUCAUGUAUGCCCAGCCUGGGGCCAUCUCCUCACCAGAGCAAAGCAAGAUUAUAGCUGUGCUCUACACGCUUAUAAUACCAAUGCUAAACCCUCUAAUAUAUAGUUUGAGAAACAGAGAUGUGAAAGAUGCUGUGAAAAGAAUAUUACACAGGAAAUGGUUCUCUCACUGA